AUGGAGAGUACACUGGGUUGUAUGAUGCCAGCAGCAGCAGCAGCAGCAGCAGCAGCAACAGCAGCAGCAGCAGCAGCAGCAGCAGAAGCAGCAGCAGAAGCAGCAAAAAAAUCAGAUAAAGUCCAGCAACACAAAGCAAGGAUACUGCUGCAGCAACAAAAACAACAACAAAGACAGCAGCAGCAGCAGCAGCAGCAGCAACAAAGACAACAGCAACAGCAGCAGCAACAAAGACAACAGCAGCAGCAGCAGCAGCAGCAGCAACAGAAACUAUAUAAACAGCAGCAAAGUCCCCGCUCUGGUGGCCCCCCGGGUGGGGGGCCCCCAAGGAUAUCUCGGUAUACUGUGGUGAGUCUCUCUGCCCACUCAUCAGCAUCGAAGGGGGGUGGGGGCUGUGCAGCAAAGCAGACGGGGGCCCCCUGGGGGCCCCCUGAGGGGGCCCCCAAGGGGGCACCGCACAACCCGCAGCAACAGGGGGCCCCCUGGGGGCCCCCUGAUGCAGAACGCAGGAGACAAAAGGAGACAAAAGGAGACAGAAGGAGACAGAAGGAGACAGUGAGAAGGGGAGAAGAAGAAGGAGAGAAGAAAAAGGAGACAGAAGGAGACAAAAACGGAGCAAAAAGGAAAUAA